GAUGUUUAUGAAAGUUAUAAAACGCACGAAGCUGAAGAGAUGUAUUCAACGCUGGUCGUCAACUGCGUCUUCAAUGCUUUCUUGUCUUACACCACUAUCAUGCUGAACAUCAUAUCAAUACAAGCGCUUAGAAAAACAUCAUCGCUGUCUAAACCAUUAAAAACAUUGCUUCUGAGUCUUGCUGUUUCUGAUCUUGGAGUUGGCUUACUUGUCCAGCCUCUCUAUAUAGUGCGAAUGCGUGUCCUCAUGCCGGACAUUCAACAGAACGCCAUACACAACGGAACUUAUCAGAAAAUUUACAUCUUGCACUUCAUCUUUGGGAAUUUAUUUUGUACUGCAUCCUUCCUGGGUGUUGUCGCUUUAGCGGUCGACAGAUUCUUGGCAAUUCAUCUCCAUCUAAGAUAUCAGGAUUUUGUGACUUGCAAACGUGUUGUUGCCAUAGUAAUCUCAGCUUGGGUGCUAAGUAUAUUUCUUUCUCUUUUUGCCUUAAACUCUUUUUUCAUUGACAUUCUUGUCACUAUAUAUGCCGCGAUUUGGAUUGUUUCUCUCCUUUGUACAGCGCUACUUUACUGCAAGAUAUACACAGCCAUACGGCGGCACAGGAAUCAGAUUCAAGUUCUGGAAACACAAUUAGAAGCGCAGAACGGAGAAAUAUCUAACACUGCGAGAUUGCGAAAGACUGUACUCGGUACAUUAUACGUGUACGUUGUGUUUUUGACUUGUUAUUUACCAUACCUUUGUGUCAAAGCCGCUACUAUUAUCAGUGGUGAAACAGUCGUGCUAGCGCAUCUUUUCUAUUAUGUCACUACUCUGUUAUUUGUCAAUUCAUCUCUUAAUCCACUGAUUUACUGUUGGAAGAUGAGAAACGUUCGGAAAGCUGUUAUGGACAUACUUCGAAAUAUCUUUCCAAGUUAGUGUAGGUGCACUAUAAGAGGCCAUAUGCACGGUCAGCGUCUUACACAGAGAGAGUUGCUUGUAGGCAAUACAUUAGAAAAUGAUCGUUAUAUGUACGAAAGACAAGAACCAUAAUGACUCUUGGUACUACGUAGGCACUUCCGCGCUGUUUUAGUAUCCCAGCAUAAAGCUAAUCAUAAUCUUAAAGUUGGAAGAUCAAAGCUUACAUUAAUCUCUUUCCUCGAACUCCCACACCUCAAUUUUGUAGCUUUUAUUAGUAUUUUCUAAAUAGUUUUCAUAGAAUUUUUCUAAUUAACGUUAGGGAUUACAGUUAAACACCUUGUUUAGCUGGAAGAUCAAAGCUCACAUUAAUUUCUUCACUCGAACUCCCACACAGCAAUUUUGUAGCUUUUAGUAUUUUUUAAAUAGUUUUCAUAGAAUUUUUCUAAUUAACGUUUUUCCGUGUAUAAUUAUAAAAUAAAUAAUUAAGGGAGGAUGACAGUUAAACGCUUUGUUUUGUAUUAUACUAGAGAACUUUUCAUUUUGUCAAAAUGCCAUUCCAUUUUAAAAAAUAAAUCACUCAUCCUGACGUUCUUGUAACGAUGAGUUUUUGAGAAUUUUUUGGUGCAUGAUUAUUAGAAUAUUUGUAAUCAAUAAAAGUUUGUUAAAAGGUAUGGAAUAAUGGGAAAAUAUUCGAUUUAAGGUUAGUUAAAAAUUAAAAUUUGAAGUGCAUACCACAACAAGGUGGCCCUGAGCCAAUUAGCGGACUAACUGGUUUACGUCUAUACCCUCUUCUAUCCUUCUUUCUUUCAUUCUCAAUUCAACCCCAAUUCCCCCCAAAUUCAAUUGUAGUCUGCCUUUAAAUAAUGUUUUCUUGAAAUGGUGUCACGCCUUAUUAAAAUCGAUUGACCAUGUCACAGGUUAGGCAGAAACUCAUAACAUACAGUGGGACCUCUUCUCAACGGCCACCUUAAGUACAGAAGAAAGUGGCCGUUGCAGAGAGGUGGCCAUUGUAAAGAAAUGGCCGUUCUGGAGAGAUGGCCUUUGUAAAGAGAUGGCCGUUGUGGAGAGGUUGUUGUAGAGAGAUGGCCUUUGUGGAGAGAUGGCCAUUAUGAAGAGAUGACCGUUGUGGAGAGGUGGCAGUUGUAGAGAGAUGGCCGUUGUGGAGAGAUGGCACGGUUGUAGAGAGAUGGCCGUUGUGGAGAGAUAGCUGUUGUAGAGAGAUGGCCGUUGUGGAGAGAUGGCACGGUUGUAGAUAGAUGGCCAUUGUAAAGAGAUGGCCCUUGAAGAGAGAUAGCCGUUGAAGAGAGAAGGCUGCUGUGAAGAGACGGCACAGUUGUAGAGAGAUGGCCGUUAGUGGAGGUUCGACGCUAAUAGCCAUUUGCACGAUGACGUCGUUUUACUACAGAGACCAGAAUUCAUUUCGUUUUUUCCUUCAUAUUUAAAUUUGGUAAUCCCAGUAAUGUUUAAAUAACAAAAGCCCUAAUUUGCACAAGAAAGCGAAAACCCGCUGGAGUCUGACGUCAUUGUGCAAAUGGCCUAUUAUAACCCUGCUGACAACUUCAAGAGGAAGGAACAACCUCAAGUGGCGUCUUUCUAAAUCCACUUGAUAUGGACCAAUAUAUUGUGCUAAAGUUCAACACGUAUCACCAAAAGGGUGAAAAUAAGAAGCAAAGGCAUUAGGGAAGGCAGUGGGUAAUGCCCGAAUGAAAUAUUAAAAUCGGUAAUGUGUGCCAUUUAUGCCGUCACUACUUGAGAGAUAUAUCGGUUAUUAAAAAUUAAGAAUUGGGAAACCUUAAUUUUUCCGUCAGUAAAAUAAUAAGUCCUCAUAAAUAUUUGUCAGACACAUCAAUAACGUUCAUUCAAAACAACGAUUUUCCUGAUCUCUCUUAACGAAAUAAUCCGACGUCAAAAGGGAAACUGCCGAAAAUUUAAAUGCUGCCUGAUAAAACAAGGAUAUGAAAUUAGCAUAAGCUAGACUUGUUUCUAGUGACCUCAAGAGAUGGCAAUAUUAACACUGUGCAAACAGUAAUCUGUUUUUUUUCAGUGGCUUUCGUGCUUUUACAGCAAGGUAAAAGAUAUUAUUAUAACUGCAAAUGUGUCGUCAGUCUUCGAGUGUUGUCGAAAGUAACCGCAUCACGGUUAUUUGAAACUCAAACAGAACUAGCUUGAAAAUUAUGAAGGUGUUUAAUGUUGAAAUCGUUCUCUUCUCCUUGUUAGACGUUUUAAACGACUAUGAUAGGUAGAAUAAACUUACAUAACUUAACACUUUCUAACAUCACUUGCUACUCUAAACGGCUUGGAAAGCAAAAUUUAACCUCAUGUUAAACACUUUUCACAAGGUAAGGCAUAUUGAUGGCGCAGUUUUAAUACCAGAGGCUCAGGGAAAAGACAUGCACCACUCAAGCUACAAAUUAAUAAUAUUUUUUUGACGUCGGUGUAAGGACAACAUGCCAUAGAGGGUCCUGCUUGGAAAACGCUUGAAGCUUAAAUGUCUUGCCCGGUUGGAAAUUUUAAACAGCAAAUGAUAAGAGUGAGGGUGAAUGAGAAAAAAUUGGCCGGGACAAGUUGCUAGAAUUCUCAUGAUCGAAAGAUGCUUAAAAGAGAUUGAUAUUGAUGGAAUUUUAAAAUAAGUGUUCAUGCCGGGCAUCAGCGCGAAAAAGGGCCGUUUUGGUUGUCUCAUCCAGGCCACUAGGAUUAAAUUCAAAUCAGGUCAAAAGACCCUCCCUAUUUUAAAAAUGGCGACGAGGCGCCUUUUUGACUGUUAGCCUAACAUCCUUCCUAUCUCUUUGCCAUCAAAACGCGGGAUUUGUGGUCAGGGGUAUUUCUCGGGGUUUCCGUGUUUACGGAAAAAUGCCACUUUUGCGAAGUGUAACCGUCUAAAUGAGAUGUUCAUGACAGAAUAAUACCGUCGACGCAUGUUUCCACCUUUUGUUAAAACUUUGCUUUCUAUAAAGAAGAUGCUUUUUAAAAGUAUUGCUUUUAACUGCUUAUGGCACUAAUAGAAAAAAAAAUCCAAUUUAAGACAGCGACUACCCUGGGUGCCAGAGGUUUUUUCGCUGUUGUUUGCGGCGAAAAUUGAGCAGCAGGAAAAAAACCCUCUGGCAACAAGGGUAGACAGCGACGAUCUCCUGUGUCAAAUAAGGCAAGCGACGCAUUUUUCUUCUAAUAUAUAACAAAAUUGUACUCUCAAAACCGUUUCUGUAUGAAAAAUUUAUCACUUUUUCAAACUAAUGGCGAUAAUUCGAGACGGCCACGACAAAAUCAUCUCUUGUUUCAACGAUUUUGAACUGGUUGCAAAGGAGGAAGCAAUCUCAAAAGGUAUCAUCUAAAAACAAAAUUUCUAAUCAGCUUUCUGAACAUAACUCUAUCCGGCUUCGUGUCCAGAUGUCCCAUUGUGUUAUUUCCUACCCUUCACAAUACGCUUUUCGUGGUGCUUUUAACGUAAAGCCCAAGAGUCACCUUGAUAUUAAACGCAUUUAGGUUUUUACUCUCGGGGGGAAUAAUUUAAUGAAUGUACGCGGUACUCGAUAACAGGAAUGUCAUUAACCUUUUUUCAUCUUUCCUUCAUCAGCAAAACACGGAAAGUGAAAGUCCGACUAAUCUGUCCCAUUACUUGGUUUAAAAUUAGCCUGUACUGUGUGCCAUGACGCAGAAUGAGACGAUGUUUUGUACUCUCGAUGAUCGGACGCCCCUUGGCUACUAAUUUGUUCUAAUGCAACGGAGACAAUAUAUCAAAGCAUGCAAAUUCAUCACCUGGUUGAAAAAUGUGGAUUUAAAUAGCCAUGUUCCUGUGACCAUGCAUUAUUUUCAGUAGCAACGGGAUCGAACUUGUUUCUCUGUGUGAGUAGUUUAUCCACACGUUGUGGCGCAAUUCUGUUAAACAAAAAAGGCUACAGCGCCGUUUCUAUCUUUUAUAUUGUCCGGCUUACUUAAGGAUAUGGCUUUUUUGUAGCAACCUACAAAAAGAAAAAGUGCAUGCUGACUUAUUGUAAAGUUUUUUUUACAAUGACGGGAGUGGAAGGCCUGUUUAAGCUGAAGAGAUGUAUUCAACGCUGGUCGUCAACUGCGUCUUCAAUGCUUUCUUGUCUUACACCACUAUCAUGCUGAACGUCAUAUCAAUACAAGCGCUUAGAAAAACAUCAUCGCUGUCUAAACCAUUAAAAACAUUGCUUCUGAGUCUUGCUGUUUCUGAUCUUGGAGUUGGCUUACUUGUCCAGCCUCUCUAUACAGUGCGAAUGCGUGUCCUCAUGCCGGACAUUCAAAAGAACGCCAUACACAACGGAACUUAUCAGAAAAUUUACAUCUUGCACUUCAUCUUUGGGAAUUUAUUUUGUACUGCAUCCUUCCUAGGUGUUGUCGCUUUAGCUGUUGACAGAUUCUUGGCAAUUCAUCUCCAUCUAAGAUAUCAGGAUUUUGUGACUUGCAAACGUGUUGUUGCCAUAGUAAUCUCAGCUUGGGUGCUAAGUAUAUUUCUUUCUCUUUUUGCCUUGAACUCUUUUUUCAUUGACAUUCUUGUCACUAUAUAUGCCGCGAUUUGGACUGUUUCUCUCCUUUGUACAGCGCUACUUUACUGCAAGAUAUACACAGCCAUACGGCGGCACAGGAAUCAGAUUCAAGUUCUGGAAACACAAUUAGAAGCGCAGAACGGAGAAAUAUCUAACACUGCGAGAUUGCGAAAGACUGUACUCGGUACAUUAUACGUGUACGUUUUGUUUUUGACUUGUUAUUUACCAUACCUUUGUGUCAAAGCCGCUACUAUUAUCAGUGGUGAAACAGUCGUGCUAGCGGAUCUUUUCUAUUAUGUCACUACUCUGUUAUUUGUCAAUUCAUCUCUUAAUCCACUGAUUUACUGUUGGAAGAUGAGAAACGUUCGGAAAGCUGUUAUGGACAUACUUCGAAAUAUCUUUCCAAGUUAGUGUAGGUGCACUAUAAGAGGCCAUAUGCACGGUCAGCGUCUUAGACAGAGAGAGUUGCUUGUAGGCAAUACAUUAGAAAAUGAUCGUUAUAUGUACGAAAGACAAGAACCAUAAUGACUCUUGGUACUACGUAGGCACUUCCGCGCUGUUUUAGUAUCCCAGCAUAAAGCUAAUCAUAAUCUUAAAGCUGGAAGAUCAAAGCUUACAUUAAUCUCUUUCCUCGAACUCCCACACCUCAAUUUUGUAGCUUUUAUUAGUAUUUUUUAAAUAGUUUUCAUAGAAUUUUUCUAAUUAACGUUGGGGAUUACAGUUAAACGCCUUGUUUAGAAGAUCAAAGCUCACAUUAAUUUCUUCACUCGAACUCCCACACAGCAAUUUUGUAGCUUUUAGUAUUUUUUAAAUAGUUUUCAUAGAAUUUUUCUAAUUAACGUUUUUCCGUGUAUAAUUAUAAAAUAAAUAAUUAAGGGAGGAUGACAGUUAAACGCUUUGUUUUGUAUUAUACUAGAGAACUUUUCACUGAAAAUUUUGUCAAAAUGUCAGUCCAUUUUAAAAAAUAAAUCACUCAUCCUGAAGUUCUUGGAGCAAUGAGUUUUUGAGAAUUUUUUGGUGCAUGAUUAUUAGAAUAUUUGUAAUCAAUAGGAGUUUGUUAAAAGUUAUGGAAUAAUGGAAAAAUAUUCGAUUUAAGGUUAGUUAAAAAUUAAAAUUUGAAGUGCAUAAUUAAUAGACAAAAGACCAGACAGACUGCCACCACAACAAGGUGGCCCUGAGCCAACUACCGGACUAACUGGUUUACGUGUAUACCCUCUUCUAUCCUUCUUUCUUUCAUUCUCAAUUCAACCCCAAUUCCCCCAAAAUUCAAUUGUAGUCUCCCUUUAAAUAAAGUUUUCUUGAAAUGGUGUCACGCCUUAUUAAAAUCGAUUGACCAUGUCAGAGGCUAGGCAGCAACUCAUAACAUACAGUGGGACCUCUUCUCAACGGCAACCUUAAGUACAGAAGAAAGUGGCCGUCGCAGAGAGGUGGCCAUUGUAGAGAGGUGGAAAUUGUAAAGAGGUGGCCAUUGUAAAGAGAUGGCCGUUCUGGAGAGAUGGCCUUUGUAAAGAGAUGGCCGUUGUGGAGAGGUUGUUGUAGAGAGAUGGCCAUUGUGGAGGGAUGGCCAUUGUGGAGGGAUGGCCGUUGUGGAGAGAUGGCCGUUGUAGAGAGAUGGCUGUUGUAGAGAGAUGGCCGCUGUGGAGGCGGCCGUUGAAGAGAGAUGGCUGUUGUGGAAAGAUGGCUGUUGUAGAGAGAUGGCCGAUGUGGAGAGAUGGCCGUUAUAAAGAGAUGGCCGUUGUGGAGAGGUGGCCGUUGUAGAGAGAUGGCAGUUGUGGAAAGAUGGCUAUUGUAGAGAGAUGGCCGUUGUGGAGAGAUGGCCUUUGUAGAGAGAUGGCCGUUAUGAAGAGAUGACUGUUGUGGAGAGGUGGCCGUUGUAGAGAGAUGGCCGCUGUGGAGGCGGCCGUUGAAGAGAGAUGGCUGUUGUGGAAAGAUGGCUGUUGUAGAGAGAUGGCCGAUGUGGAGAGAUGGCCGUUAUAAAGAGAUGGCCGUUGUGGAGAGGUGGCCGUUGUAGAGAGAUGGCAGUUGUGGAAAGAUGGCUGUUGUAGAGAGAUGGCCGUUGUGGAGAGAUGGCCUUUGUAGAGAGAUGGCCGUUAUGAAGAGAUGACUGUUGUGGAGAGGUGACCGUUGUAGAGAGAUGGCCGUUGUGGAAAGAUGGCUGUUGUAGAGAGAUGGCCAUUGUGGAGAGAUGGCCUUUGUAGAGAGAUGGCCGUUGUGAAGAGAUGACUGUUGUGGAGAGGUGGCCGUUGUAGAGAGAUGGCCGUUGUGGAAAGAUGGCUGUUGUAGAGAGAUGGCCGUUGUGGAGGGAUGGCCGUUGAAGAGAGAUGGCCGUUGUGGAGAGAAAGCUGUUGUAGAGAGAUGGCCGUUGUGGAGAGGUGGCCGUUGUAGAGAGAUGGCCGUUGUGGAGGGAUGGCCGUUGUAGAGAGAUGGCCGUUGUGGAGAGGUGGCCGUUGAAGAGUGAUGGCCGUUGUGGAGAGGUGGCCGUUGAAGAGAGAUGGCCGUUGUGGAGAGGUGGCCGUUGUAGAGAGAUGGCCGUUGUGGAGAGGUGGCCGUUGAAGAGAGAUGGCCGUUGUAGAGAGGUGGCCGUUGUAGAGAGGUGGCCGUUGUAGAGAGAUAGCUGUUGUAGAGAGAUCGCCGUUGUAGAGAGAUAGCUGUUGUAGAGAGAUGGCACGGUUGUAGAUAGAUGGCCAUUGUAGAGAGAUGACCCUUGAAGAGAGAUAGCCCUGGAAGAGAGAAGGCUGCUGUCAAGAGAUGGCCGUUGUAGAGAAAUGGCCGUUAGUGGAGGUUCGACGCUAAUAGCCAUUUGCACGAUGACGUCGUUUUACUACAGAGACCAGAAUUCAUUUCGUUUUUUCCUUCAUAUUUAAAUUUGGUAAUCCCAGUAAUGUUUAAAUAACAAAAGCCCUAAUUUGCACAAGAAAGCGAAAACCCGCUGGAGUCUGACGUCAUUGUGCAAAUGGCCUAUUAUAACCCUGCUGACAACUUCAAGAGGAAGGAACAACCUCAAGUGGCGUCUUUCUAAAUCCACUUGAUAUGGACCAAUAUAUUGUGCUAAAGUUCAACACGUAUCACCAAAAGGGUGAAAAUAAGGCAGUGGGUAAUGCCCGAAUGAAAUAUUAAAAUCGGUAAUGUGUGCCAUUUAUGCCGUCACUACUCGAGAGAUAUAUCGGUUAUUAAAAAUUACGAAUUGGGAAACCUUAAUUUUUCCGUCAGUAAAAUAAUAAGUCCUUAUAAAUAUUUGUCAGACACAUCAACAACGUUCAUUCAAAACAACGAUUUUCCUGAUCUCUCUUAAAUAAUCCGACGUCAAAAGGGAAACUGCCGAAAAUUUAAAUGCUGCCUGAGGUGGCCGUUGCAGAGAGAUAGCCGUUGUGGAGAGGUGGCACGGUUGUAGAUAGAUGGCCGUUGUGGAGAGAUAGCUGUUGUAGAGAGAUGGCCGUUGUGGAGAGAUGGCACGGUUGUAGAUAGAUGGCCAUUGUAAAGAGAUGGCCCUUGAAGAGAGAUAGCCGUUGAAGAGAGAAGGCUGCUGUGAAGAGACGGCACAGUUGUAGAGAGAUGGCCGUUAGUGGAGGUUCGACGCUAAUAGCCAUUUGCACGAUGACGUCGUUUUACUACAGAGACCAGAAUUCAUUUCGUUUUUUCCUUCAUAUUUAAAUUUGGUAAUCCCAGUAAUGUUUAAAUAACAAAAGCCCUAAUUUGCACAAGAAAGCGAAAACCCGCUGGAGUCUGACGUCAUUGUGCAAAUGGCCUAUUAUAACCCUGCUGACAACUUCAAGAGGAAGGAACAACCUCAAGUGGCGUCUUUCUAAAUCCACUUGAUAUGGACCAAUAUAUUGUGCUAAAGUUCAACACGUAUCACCAAAAGGGUGAAAAUAAGAAGCAAAGGCAUUAGGGAAGGCAGUGGGUAAUGCCCGAAUGAAAUAUUAAAAUCGGUAAUGUGUGCCAUUUAUGCCGUCACUACUUGAGAGAUAUAUCGGUUAUUAAAAAUUAAGCAUUGGGAAACCUUAAUUUUUCCGUCAGUAAAAUAAUAAGUCCUUAUAAAUAUUUGUCAGACACAUCAAUAACGUUCAUUCAAAACAACGAUUUUCCUGAUCUCUCUUAACGAAAUAAUCCGACGUCAAAAGGGAAACUGCCGAAAAUUUAAAUGCUGCCUGAUAAAACAAGGAUAUGAAAUUAGCAUAAGCUAGACUUGUUUCUAGUGACCUCAAGAGAUGGCAAUAUUAACACUGUGCAAACAGUAAUCUGUUUUUUUUUUCAGUGGCUUUCGUGCUUUUACAACAAGGUAAAAGAUAUUAUUAAAAAUGCAAAUGUGUCGUCAGUCUUCGAGUGUUGUCGAAAGUAAGCGCAUCACGGUUAUUAGAAACUCAAACAGAACUAGCUUGGAAAUUAUCACGGUGUUUAAUGUUGAAAUCGUUCUCUUCUCCUUGUUAGACGUUUUAAACGACUAUGAUAGUUAGAAUAAACUUACACAACUUAACACGUUAUAACAUCACUUGCUACUCUAAACGGCUUGGAAAGCAAAAUUUUACCUCAUGUUAAACACUUUUCACAAGGUAAUGCAUAUUGAUGGCGCAGUUUUAAUACCAGAGGCUCAGGGAAAAGACAUGCACCACUCAAGCUACAAAUUAAUAAUAUUUUUCGAGAUCGGUGCUAGGGCAACAUGCCAUAGAGGGUCCUGCUUGGAAAACGCUUGAAGCUUGAAUGUCUUGCCCGGUUGGAAAUUUUAAACAGCAAAUGAUAAGAGCGAGGGUUAACGAGAAAAAAUUGGCCAGGGCAAGUUGCUAGAAUUCUCAUGAUCGAAAGAUGCUUAAAAGAGAUUGAUAUUUAUGGAAUUUUAAAAUUAAGUGUUCAUGCUGGGCAUCAGCGCGAAAAAGGGCCGUUUUGGUUGUCUCAUCCAGGCCGCUAGGAUUAAAUUCAAAUCAGGUCAAAAGACCCUCCCUAUUUUAAAAAUGGCGGCGAGGCGCCUGUUUGACUGUUAGCCGAACAUCCUUCCUGUCUCAAAACGAGGGAUUUGUGGUCAGGGGUAUUUGUCGCGGUUUCCGUGUUCACGGAAAAAUGCCACUUUUGCGAAAUGUAACCGUCUAAAUGAGAUGUUCAUGACAGAAUAAUACCGUCGACGCAUGUUUCCACCUUUUGUUAAAACUUUGCUUUCUAUAAAGAAGAUGCUUUUUAAAAGUAUUGCUUUUAACUGCUUAUGGCACUAAUAGAAAGAAAGUCCAAUUUAAGACAGCGACUACCCUGGGUGCCAGAGGUUUUUUCGCUGUUGUUUGCGGCGAAAAUUGAGCAGCAGGAAAAAAACCCUCUGGCAACAAGGGUAGACAGCGACGAUCUCCUGUGUCAAAUAAGGCAAGCGACGCAUUUUUCAUUUUUCUUCUAAUAUAUAACAAAAUUGUACUCUCAAAACCGUUUCUGUAUGAAAAAUUUAUCACUUUUUCAAACUAAUGGCGAUAAUUCGAGACGGCCACGACAAAAUCAUCUCUUGUUUCAACGAUUUUGAACUGGUUGCAAAGGAGGAAGCAAUCUCAAAAGGUAUCAUCUAAAAACAAAAUUUCUAAUCAGCUUUCUGAACAUAACUCUAUCCGGCUUCGUGUCCAGAUGUCCCAUUGUGUUCUUUCCUACCCUUCACAAUAUGCUUUUCGUGGUGCUUUUAACGUAAAGCCCAAGAGUCACCUUGAUAUUAAACGCAUUUAGGUUUUUACUCUCGGGGGGAAUAAUUUAAUGAAUGUACGCGGUACUCGAUAACAGGAAUGUCAUUAACCUUUUUUCAUCUUUCCUUCAUCAGCAAAACUCGGAAAGUGAAAGUCCGAUUAAUCUGUCUCAUUAGUUGGUUUAAAAUUAGCCUAUACUGUGUGCCACGAUGCAGAAUGAGACGAUGUUUUGCACUCUCGAUGAUCGGACGCCCCUUGGCUACUAAUUUGUUCUAAUGCAACGGAGACAAUAUAUCAAAGCAUGCGAAUUCAUCACCUGGUUGAAAAAUAAAUGUGGAUUUAAAUAGUCAUGUUCUUGUGACCAUGCAUUAUUUUUCAGCAGCAACGGAAUCGAACUUGUUUUUCUGCGUGAGUAGUUUAUCCACAGGUUGUGGCUCAAUUCUGUGAAACAAAAAAGGCUGCAGGGCGGUUUCUAUCUUUUACAUUUUCCGGCUUACUUAAGGAUAUGGCUUUUUUGUAGCAACUACAAAAAGAGAAAGUGCAUGCUGAGUUAUUGUAAAGUUUUUACAAUGACGGGAGAGGAAGGCCUGUUUAAUGCGUUUCUUGUCGCAAACUGUGUCCUGAACGCUUUCUUGUCUUUCACCGCAAUUGUAUUCAACAUCAUAGCAAUUCAAGCCCUAAGAAAAACUUCGCUGGCGAAGCCUUUAAAAACAUUGCUGUUGAGUCAGGCCAAGUCUGAUCUUGGUGUAGGUUUACUGGUGCAACCUCUGUACAUUGUAGUUGGUGUUGGGGAAAUACGACGAAACAGUAAUUACAAUAACGUCAUAAAUGUAUUCAUUAUAAACUCAAGCUUUUUCUCUUACGCCUCUUUCUCUUACGCCUCUUUCUUUGGUGUCGUUGGUUUGACCGUUGACGAAUUCUUGGCCAUUCAUCUUCAUCUUGUGACUCAUAAGCGUGUUGUUGCUGCGGUGAUCUCAGCUUGGGUGUUUAGCGCAUUUCUGUCCAUUCCUACAGAGAAAUGGAUUCCAGAGGAAGCUUCAUCUGGAUAUGUAGUCGUUGAAGCUGUUUGUAUCAUAACAUCAGGUGUGCUCUAUUGCAAGAUAUACGCAACCGUCCGACGCCUUAAAAAUCAGAUCCACGCCCUAGAAGCUCAACAACCUGCACAGAAUGGAGAAAUCGCAAAUGCUGCAAGGCUAAGGAAAACGUCUGUAGCUACAUUCUACGUAUAUGCCGCGUUUCUGGCUUGUUACUUGCCAUUCUCUUGCGUGUACCCUUUGUAUUAUGUGAACAGUGGUAAAAUGCUAAAGCUUUUGUUAAGUUAUACGUUGACAUUGGUGUAUCUCAAUUCCUCUCUAAAUCCUCUAAUUUACUGCUGGAAGAUGAAACACAUUCAGCAAGCUGUCUUGGAAAUGCUUCGAAAUACCUACUCAAAUAGUCAGUAGAGAGAAGUGCUCAGAAUCAGCAGACGUGAAUAAUAAUAAUAACGUGCCAUGAGUCGAAAAUAUGCAUUGUACGUACCAGAAAAGCUCAGAAACACCGGCCAAUCCUUCGGGUGAGGUACGGGAUUGCAGCCAGAUCUGAUAAGAAGCUUUAAGCUUGUAACAACAACAACAACUUUAUUAACAGCAAUGAAGUAACAUAAAAUAAGCACACUACCUACAAUUAGCAAAAGCUACUUGAGACAGGCAGUGUGGGGACGCUACAUACAUGAACUGAUAAGAACCGUUUCAGCUUAAUUGUGAGUGGAUAUAGUGAAUGGGUGUUUUGGUCAGUCAAAUAACGACUUUCAACGCGGGACUUCUUGGCGAAAACCUUGGCGACAAUCUCGGCAGGAAAUCCCUGCGCCAUAUUGACAGAAAUCGAUUUUGAUGAAAAUCCUGGCUGGAAAUCCAAGCAGAAGUCUUGAUGAAAAUUCUGGCGGGGACCUUGGCGAGAAUCUUGGUGGGAAAUUCUUGCGGAAGUCUCGACGGACCUUGCCGAGAAUCUUGGCGGGAAAACCCAGCAGGAAUCUUGACGAAAAUCCUGGCGGGCAUCAGUUAAGUGAAAAUCUUGGCAGGAAAUCCCUAGAGGAAUCUUGACGGAAAUCCUGGCGCGAAAUCCCUGCGGGUAUCUUAACGAAAAUCCCGCUGACGGGGACCUUAGCGAGAAUCUUGGCGGGAAAUCACUGCGAGAAUCUUAACGGAAAUCCUGGCGGGGGGUUUAGUGAGAACUUAAGCGAGAAAUUCUAGCCAGAGUCUUGACGUAAAUCCUGGUGGGUAUCUUGUUGAAAAUCCCGACCACACCGAUACUUUCAAAUGCUACUAACAGCGAUUUUCCUUUGCCCAUUGCCACAAGCAACCUUUUUCCUUGUCCGUAUUUACCAACAUCGAGAUUUCUCUACAUUUAUGGCCAUUGUUCGUUCCCACCUUGAUUAAUCCUAUAAGUAAUGAUCCCGGUAAGAAGGGAAGCAAUUUCUUUUGUUGUAGCGCAAUACGCUUUCCUCACAUAGAAAUGUUUUCAUUUUUACGCAGAGAAUGCAUUAACCUUCAAAAAGGCAGUUAAUGAAAGAAAAUGUAUUGAAACUCCAGUUUUAAAGGGUGUUUUUUCGUGUUCAAAGAUUUCGACCAAUCAUAAGAGUUGCAAACAAUAGCCACGAACUGUUUACAAUUUUACAUGAUCCGCACAUAGGAUUUCUGUGUUACUUAGACUCCGACGAGAUUUUGUUAAGAGGAAGUUGGAUAGAAAAAAAGAGAUUCAUAUCAGUACAGUGCUGCUUUGCGAAGAUUUCGUUAAAUUUGAUGCUUAAACCAAUCAGAACCUUAGUGGAGACAAUCGUAGCAAAGUUAGCACCUUUUUGCAUUCCGAGGUACUCACGGCGUUUUGGUCCUUUCCUUCUUAUCUGAACAAUUACUUAAUCUGGAGCCCGAGGUCUGCCUCUAUGAUACAACCUUAUAUAAAGACUCGAAUGAAAAGCUGCAAGGGUUGUCCUGCCCGAUCUAAGCUAAAACAAAGCCCUCAGCGAUUAGAUCUACUCUUGUGCCGUAGAGAAGUGAGAAACCUUGCAAUAUCUUACUCACUUAAGCGUGGUUACUAUAAUUGCUCGCUUGACUUCAAUUUUAAUUCUGCUCAGAAAAGACAACAUGGAAAGGAGACUGAAGUCCUUUUCAAGAAAACACAGAGAAAAAAAUUCAGUAGAAAAAUAAUUCCUUAUUUCUGAAAACAAACAGAGAAUAUAAAGGAUAUACAGUUACAAAUUUUUGUUCUAACCUUCUUGGGAAUGCUGUUUAGUUUCGGAAAGGAGACUUCUGUGAGCUCUACACGCAAAAUCACGUACUGAGAUUUGGAUCAGCUGUCAUACAAUGACAGGUACUAAGCAGUUUUAUAAAAAACUGAAUCAUUGGAUAAUGCAAUUCUAGAGCUCUGAUUGGCUUAGCCACCAUGGUAUAUGAGCCAAUAUACCAUGCUCUCCUAAUAUGGUAACUGUACCCGUCUGCUCAAAAUUAAAAACAAGCUAAAAUCGGUGGUUUUUACAAAUAAAAGUGGGGAAGAACUCUCGCAUAUAGGCUUACUGGUUCAGCCACUGAACACCGCCCUUCUAGUCGUGGCGAUUCCGCGGCAAUACAUUGUGAGCAGUAGUUUCAAUAUUGUAGUGUUGUCGCGUUAACUGUUAACACUGAGAGAGAUUCUUAGUCAUUCAUCUUUAUCUCAGAUACCAGGAACUUGUAACUCACAAACGCGUUGUUUUUGCACUGAUCUCUACUAGCCCCAAAUGA